AUGUUCCAAAAAUGGGGCGAGACCAAUUCCAAUAUUGGUCAAUCCCUGGCCAAGGUCCUCGGGAUCAAGCUCGCAUACAGAGACCCUCUGGGUGCUACUGGUGAGACCGUUACAAGAGGAGAAUCCGCAUUUUCCAUGGGCACCGUCGACACAUACUCAUACAAUGAGCCCGAACCAACGAGCAUUGACUGGAUUCGCGAGAUCACCCCAUCGGGAGCCCAACUGGGCAGAUACUUGCUCAACCUCUUCCCUUUCCUCACAUGGAUUGGCAACUACAACUUAACAUGGCUGUGGGGCGACUUGGUUGCCGGUAUCACCGUCGGAGCGGUCGUUGUGCCACAAGGUAUGGCCUAUGCUAACCUGGCUGGACUGCCGGUACAGUUCGGUCUGUACUCCUCGUUCAUGGGAGUUUUGAUCUAUUGGUUCUUUGCGACGUCGAAGGAUAUUACCAUUGGGCCCGUGGCCGUCAUGUCGACUCUUACCGGAACUAUCGUGGCCAACGUCCGCGAGGAAUACCCUGACUAUCCUCCACAUCUGAUUGCAUCCGCUCUUGCUGUCAUUUGCGGUGGUAUUGUUCUAGUGAUGGGUCUGCUGCGCAUCGGAUUCAUCGUCGAUUUCAUUCCUCUCCCUGCUAUUUCGGCAUUCAUGACCGGCUCGGCUCUGAGCAUUUGCUCGGGACAGGUUCCGACCAUGUUGGGCGAGACGGCCGACUUCAGUACGCGCGGUGCCACCUACGAGGUCAUUAUCAAUACCCUCAAAUACCUCCCAACUUCCACGUUGGAUGCUGCUAUGGGUGUCACUGCCUGUGCAAUGCUCUACAUUAUCCGUUCAGUAUGCAGUUACGCUGCCAAAAAGCAGCCUGCUAGGGCCAAGAUUUGGUUCUUUGUCUCGACUCUUCGCACCGUGUUCGUCAUUUUGUUCUACACUAUGAUUAUCCCUCGAGGAUUCCAACAGGCCGCCGUGCCCACUAUGGAUACUAAGAUCAUUAAAGCCUUCGUUGGUGAACUUCCAGCUGCGGUCAUCGUUCUUCUGAUUGAGCACAUCGCCAUUUCCAAGUCUUUUGGCCGUGUUAACAACUACACUAUCGAUCCCUCACAGGAAUUUGUCGCUAUUGGUGUGAGUAACCUUCUCGGGCCUUUCCUCGGUGGCUACCCCGCGACUGGAUCUUUCUCCCGCACAGCUAUCAAGUCUAAAGCUGGAGUGCGGACACCCCUUGCUGGUGUUAUUACCGCGGUCGUGGUGCUCUUGGCUAUUUAUGCCCUGCCCGCUCUCUUCUUCUACAUCCCCAAGGCUUCUCUCGCUGGUGUCAUUAUCCACGCUGUCGGCGAUCUGAUCACUCCCCCCAACACUGUUUACCAGUUCUGGCGCGUGUCUCCGCUUGAUGCGAUUAUUUUCUUCCUUGGUGUCAUUGUCACUGUUUUCUCUUCCAUUGAAAAUGGUAUCUACUGCACAGUCUGCGUGGCGGUUGCAGUCCUGCUUUUCCGCGUGGCCAAGGCCCGCGGUCAGUUCCUGGGCCGUGUCACUAUCCACUCCGUUGUCGGAGACCACCUGUUGGAUGGUGAUGGAAAGUACGGAUCGUUCGGAACUAACAAGACUCCCUCCGACGACGAGGAACACCACCACCGAACGAUCUUCCUUCCCCUCAACCACACUGAUGGCUCCAACCCCGAUAUCGAAGUGGAGCAGCCCCUUCCUGGUAUCUUCAUCUACCGCUUUGCCGAAGGCUUCAACUGCCCCAACGCCAACCACUACACCGAUUCCCUGGUUGAAAACAUCUUCAAGAACACCCGCCGAACGAACCCGAACGCCUACAAAAACCGCGGUGACCGUCCCUGGAACGACGCUGGUCCCCGCCGCGGCAAGGAAGGCAGCGACGACGACUCCCACUUGCCCCUUCUCCAAGCCGUCAUUCUGGACUUCUCUUCCGUGAACAAUGUCGACGUGACCUCCAUCCAGAACCUGAUCGACGUACGCAACCAGCUGGAUAUGUACGCCUCCCCCCGCACCGUGCAAUGGCACUUCGCACACAUCAACAACCGCUGGACAAAGCGCGGCCUGGCUGCCGCAGGCUUCGGUUACCCGACACCCGUCGCUAGCGAUGGCUUCCACCGGUGGAAGCCCAUUUUCAGCGUGGCCGAGAUCGAAGGCAGCGCCUCAGCCGCCGCCCACGCCGAGAUCAUCGCCAACCAACGCGAGCAGUCCCACAAGCCCUCGGAUAUCGAAUCCGGCUUUAAGUCCGAUUCCAACGCCACCGCACGCGAGACCGACGGCAUCGAGACCGCGUCCGAGGACUCCGAAGUCAUCCGCGAGGACAAGUUCAAUCGCGAGAUCACGGACAGCAAGGCGUACCAGCGUCGUCCUAAGGUUGCGCUCGUGCAGGGCAUGAACCGGCCUUUCUUCCAUAUCGACUUGACCAGCGCUCUUCAAAGUGCCGUUGCCAAUUCCUCGGACGAGAUUCCUCACAUUGAGUGA